UUGAAUUGUUUAUAGUGUUCCUUUGCUUUAUUCAAGAAUUGGGUUUGCUUUAGCUUUUGUUCUUUCUUGGCUAGUAUUCGUGCUUUUUGUUGAUGGGUUUUACUUGGAUCAUACUUUUCUUCAUUUAGAUCUUUUGUACCUGUAGGUUUUGGUGUUUUGUGUGCUGAUUUUGUUGUAUCAUUGUUUUAUCUGUGCCUUGUAGUCUUCACAGUCAAUGAUCGGAGCAUUUUGUGCUUAAAUUUGUCAACAAACUUGUUUAAAUCAAGAUCAAUUCUGGAUUUAUUGGAAUCAGGAUCAUUAGAUGCAUGCUUAGUUGUUUUAUGUUCAAGACAUGCACUUUGGUCUGUGCAAAUUGUACUAAAAUUCUUAACUGCGUCUUAGGACCACUGGCCUUUGUUGUGGUGUUGCGAUGAUCAGGGAUUCAGAUUGUUUGUUGCUUUCAGUUGAAGAAUUUAACAUUUUGUUCAAAGUUUGUUUCUUGGUGAUGUAGACAUGUCUGCUCUUAUUGUUAAAGUACAGUAAUCAAGAUUAAUCAUUGGUUUAUCUCAAUUAAGAUUUUAUUUUUUUAAUGCUAUAGCGCUUUAUGUUCAAAACUCUGCUGUACAAAUUGCACGAAAACUCUAUUGGGAAAUAUCAAUUUGUUGAUGCUUAUUUUAUUGGGGUCUUCAAUUUGGAUUUCUUGUUUUCGUAUAUUGAUCUAAGACAAAUGUUUACCUUGAUUCUAGAUGUGAGAUUUUCUGAACGCGAAUGUUUGCGCACAUGAUUUGUGCUGUGCUCGAGAAAAAUCAGUGACUGUUAUGACUGGUGUGAUCUUUAUUAUGUUCAUUAAGCUGAUCGUGGAUUUGCAUUAACCUUUGGGGUGGUGUAGGGAUCAUUGGCCUCUGUUUUGGCAUGGCCAUGAAUAGAGAAUUAAUUUGUUGUGUUGCUGGUGUACCCUUUGUCUUACUCAAGUUUGCUUUCAAUGAAAGUACUUAGCCCUUCAUUUAAGUUUGUUUCUCCAUGAUGAUCACUAUAAACCAUGGCUGAAGGUGAGGAAAUUCAACCUCUUGUCUGUGAUAAUGGCACUGGAAUGGUUAAGGCAGGUUUCGCUGGAGAUGAUGCUCCAAGGGCAGUCUUCCCCAGUAUUGUUGGCCGGCCUAGGCAUACAGGUGUUAUGGUCGGGAUGGGGCAGAAAGAUGCCUAUGUUGGGGAUGAGGCCCAAUCAAAAAGAGGUAUUCUCACGUUAAAGUACCCUAUCGAACAUGGGAUUGUUAGCAACUGGGAUGAUAUGGAAAAGAUUUGGCAUCACACUUUCUACAAUGAGCUUCGUGUGGCUCCAGAAGAACAUCCUGUUCUCCUUACUGAAGCUCCCCUGAACCCUAAGGCCAACAGGGAAAAAAUGACACAGAUUAUGUUUGAAACAUUUAAUGUCCCUGCCAUGUAUGUUGCCAUCCAAGCAGUGCUCUCCCUCUAUGCUAGUGGGCGUACAACAGGUAUUGUGCUGGAUUCUGGUGAUGGAGUUAGUCACACAGUUCCCAUCUAUGAGGGCUAUGCACUUCCCCAUGCAAUCCUUAGGCUUGACCUUGCUGGAAGGGAUUUAACAGAUGCCUUGAUGAAGAUCCUUACGGAGAGAGGUUACACAUUCACCACAACCGCUGAACGGGAAAUUGUAAGAGACAUUAAAGAGAAGCUUGCGUAUGUGGCCCUUGAUUAUGAGCAGGAGCUUGAAACGGCUAAAAGUAGCUCUUCAAUUGAGAAGAGCUAUGAGCUACCUGACGGCCAGGUUAUCACCAUUGGUGCAGAGUGUUUCCGUUGCCCUGAGGUCCUAUUUCAACCAUCACUCAUUGGAAUGGAAGCACCUGGAAUUCAUGAAACCACUUAUAAUUCGAUCAUGAAGUGUGAUGUUGAUAUCAGGAAAGACUUGUAUGGUAACAUAGUGCUCAGUGGUGGAUCUACCAUGUUUCCAGGAAUAGCUGAUCGAAUGAGCAAGGAGAUCACAGCUCUUGCUCCAAGUAGCAUGAAAAUCAAGGUGGUUGCUCCUCCUGAGAGAAAAUACAGUGUUUGGAUCGGAGGGUCUAUACUGGCUUCCCUCAGCACUUUCCAACAGAUGUGGAUAUCAAAGGCCGAAUAUGAUGAAUCAGGACCCUCCAUUGUUCACAGGAAGUGCUUCUAGAUAUGCAAAUCCAUUUUGCCUGCCCCUUUUCCCAUCCCUCCUUUAUCAAUAUGGUUUUGGAUUGUGAGGCCGAUUAAUAUGGCUUGUUUUGGCGUGAUUGUGAUCUUUGAUUUUGUUCUCCCCCCUCAUAGUUACUAUAUGAAACAUGUACUUGGUAUGUGUAAUCAUAUAUAGAUUGCCUUUUAUCUUCUCCAAGUUAUCGCCUCAUGAAGAGCAUUAAUGUAUUUUUCACUAUUUUCCUUUGUUUUCCCUGUCUUUUCAUGUCAAGUUUACUUAUGUAUACGGAAAGAAAUGAAAUGAAAUGAAAUGUGUGGAUGUUCUU